AUGGCGGAGCAAUUGGCCGCAUGUGCGCGACAGCUCUUCGAGGGCGCGUCGGGCAGCAACGAGCAGCGUGUCGCCAACGCGUGGAUCAUGCAAUUCCAGAGGAGCGCUGAGGCGUGGCAGGCUGCGCUGCAGCUUCUGGAGACACCCGUGCGUGACCCACUGACGCAUCAAACCUUAGCGGGCCCAGAGCUCGUGGCAAUACAGAUCCUACGGCUGAAGACGCAGCAGGAAUGGACGAAUAUUAGUUCACAGCACCAGCAGGUGGUGCGUCAGACCUUGUUGAAGUUGUUGGAGGUGGCGUGCAUGACAGACAGCGGCCUUUCGCCUGUGAGCCGCCGCAUCGCCUGCGUCACGCUGGCGGAUAUUGUGGUCAAGUCGUACAAGACGUGGACCGGGUGGAAGAAUGACGUGCAGCGGCUGGUGGACGCGGGUGUUGCUGCUCAGCGGCAGCAUAAGGGAGCCGCGGUGCUGACAGAGAUUCUUGGAGCUAUUCCGCUGCAGAUUCUAGCGUCCGAGAGGAUGUGGACUGCCGAGGAGAUGAAUGAAAUGCUGACGAUAUUUCAGGCGGAAGGAGAUGACGUUAUGACGGCGGCGCAGAUGGUUCUGACAAACAUGUACGUCGUUGCAGGAAGCAUUGCGCUUCGCUGUCUCGAAGGUUGGGUUGUGGGCUGUGUUCCUACCCACGAGGCGUUUGGUUUGACUGCUGCUCAUCUUUUCGCUCGUGGGCUGCUUGACGUGCUAUUUGCUGCUGUCAUCAAUGGAAACGAGGAACAGGCGCAGAUGGCUGCUGGAAUUAUCGCAGACUCUUUUGUGUCUGCGCCGGUGUCUGAAAAUAUGAUCAAUGCUGUGCUUCACUCGGCUCGUCGUUUAGUUGAAGCGAUGGCAGUUUUUCAGUCGGAGGUUCGAUCUCCUACCGGUGAGAUUAUAACAAGGGAGCAGCAGACGACGGCAUGCCGAGGCAUUUCAAGGAUCGCGUGCUCUUUAGCGAUGAAUCACGCCCCCAUACUGCUCUGGAAUCAAGUAUCUGGUAUUCAAACCGACCAGCAAUCCAGCUCAUCCAUGCAAUUUUUGGAGCUGCUUCUGGCUUGCUCCUCGUACGACGACAUCGAUGUGGUGCAGCCCACGUUGGAGAUCUGGUUCUUUUUCCUCGAAGAGAAUUCGUCGCAAAGCGAGGCUUCAUGGCAACUCUUGAACGCCCCCGGGAAGGAGCAUGUUGUUAGCGUGCUUUCCCGUUUGGUCAAUGCACUUAUUGAGCGGUGCAAGUACCCACAGUGGCUCGUUGACAAGCAGCAACUUGUUAGCGACGACCCAGAAAUUGAGGCGAUCUCCGACUUGCGCAGGUAG